UUGCCUGGGAAGGGGCUUUCAAGGGAAGAGAAAGCCGGGCUGGGUGUUGCUGGGAGAGAAAGGUGGCCUGGUGGUGAUUUUUGCCGAUCGAUUUCGUUCGCUUCUGGGAAAACUCUUAAGUUAAAUGCAUAUCGCUUGUGUGUCCCGCGUAUCGUCAGAGAGCCUGACUGUGGGCACUUAGCAAGCCCAUUAGUUCAUUGUCGGACGGUGAGGUAGGUGAGAACGAUGGAGGAAUUUAGAUAAAAUCAAGGUGGAUGCCAACUAAGGUCAUUGGGGUUUACCUUGAUGUAUUCCUAGCCAUAAUUUGUCCACCAGCUUCAGUCUAAACUGGGCCAGGAGAAGAAAAUUAAAGCUGUCAGAUGCGUCCUGGGCAUAGGAAGGAAAUGUCAGUAAACUUUGUUGCUGGAGGAGUAGCUGCAGUAGAACAGAUUGCGCCUUUACAUUACCUCAAAGAUGAGCAAGCCUAUUGUUCUAUGAGGAGGAUUUAGUGCACUUUCCAACCACAUGGUUUGGAAUGAGCUGACACCUGGUUCCUUUUUUUGUUAGUAGAACCUAGUUUGGAGAGUUCCUGUUUUCUGAAGAUAUGGAUGGGUAUAAGUCACCUGCUUGCACCAUGCAGGUCAGCUUUGUUUGCCAGCGUUGUAGCCAGCCCCUUAAAUUGGACACAUCUUUCAAAGUUCUUGACAAAGUCACCAUCCAAGAAUUGACAGCUCCUCUGCUUACUACUGCUCCAGCAAAACUGGGUGAUGCACAGGAGGAAGAGACCACUUUGACAGAGGAAGAGUUUGUUGAAAACCGCCAGGAUGGUGUGUCCCGAAGAUUCAUUCCCCCAGCCAGGAUGAUGUCAACAGAAAGUGCCAACAGUUUCACGCUGAUUGGAGAGGCCUCUGAUGGAGGCACCAUGGAGAAUCUCAGCAGAAGACUCAAGGUCACUGGAGAUCUGUUUGACAUCAUGUCUGGCCAAACAGAUGUGGAUCAUCCUCUAUGUGAAGAAUGCACUGAUACACUUCUGGACCAGUUAGACACACAGCUUAAUAUCACAGAAAAUGAGUGCCAGAAUUAUAAGAAAUGCCUUGAAAUCCUGGAGCAAAUGACUGAAGAGGACAAGGAGAAAUUGCAGUUGGAACUGAAGGAAUUUGCUCUUGAGGAAGAGAGGCUGAUUGAGGAGUUGGAGGAAGUCGAGCAAAAGCGCAAGGCGAUGGCUGAAGAUUUUGAGAAGGUCAAAACCGAGGCUGAGAGGCUGGAUCAAGAGGAAGCUGAGUAUCAGAAAGAAUACAGUGAAUUCAAGCGGCAGCAACUAGAACUGGAUGAUGAACUGAAAAGUGUUGAUAAUCAAAUGCGUUAUGCCCAAAUGCAGCUGGACAAGCUAAAGAAAACCAAUGUAUUCAACGCUACUUUCCAUAUCUGGCAUAGCGGGCAGUUUGGCACAAUAAACAACUUUCGUCUAGGCCGCCUCCCAAGUGUCCCUGUGGAAUGGAAUGAGAUCAACGCAGCCUGGGGGCAGACUGUUCUGCUUCUCCAUGCCCUUGCCAGCAAGAUGGGCCUGAUCUUUCAAAGAUAUCGCCUUAUUCCGUAUGGAAAUCACUCUUAUUUAGAGUCUCUUACAGACAAAUCCAAGGAGCUGCCUCUCUACUGUUCAGGAGGCUUGCGAUUCUUCUGGGACAACAAGUUUGACCAUGCAAUGGUGGCAUUUCUAGACUGCGUACAACAGUUCAAAGAGGAAGUAGAAAAGGGCGAGACACGUUUCUGUUUACCUUACAGAAUGGAUGUGGAAAAAGGCAAGAUUGAAGAUACAGGUGGAAACGGUGGGUCCUACUCCAUUAAAACCCAGUUUAACUCAGAGGAACAGUGGACAAAAGCACUCAAGUUCAUGCUGACAAACCUGAAAUGGGGUCUAGCUUGGGUUUCUUCCCAAUUCUAUAAUAAAUGACAAUUAUGAAAGAAUCCAGCAGCAUGACUCAAUGAUGCCAAAAGCAGGACUUGCCUGUGACAGCCAUACAUCAUCUUAGAAGAAGAAAAACCUGCAAUUUUGACAUUUCAUUAUAAAGUAGAAAGAAGCAAAAAGCUUCAUAGCAUAGUUUAGAUAACAUGUAGAUAAAGCACACCAUUGUGUUUGGGAAAGAAUUGUAUAUUCUCCUAUAGGGCAGAAAAAGACAAUGUAGAAGUAGAGACUAUGCUUAGUUACGAGGUUAUUGCAGCCUCAUUAUUGCACUAAGCUAGGAAAUACAAAAGAACUACAGUGAUUUUGUUUUUCAGAACAUAUUUAUUUAUCAGUGCUAGAGAGGGUAGCACUUUAAUAUAUUUUUUCUCAGAUGCAUUUACCUGUCUGUGCUAAGGCUUCUGCUUUGAAAAAGCUUUUACAUGUAACAUGUUUCAUAUCUCUGUAAUCCGUACAUUUAAAGUCUGUCUUAAGCUGCUAUAAUUCUUUGCAAUUAAUGGUUAUGCAAGACUGUUGUAAAUGGUUCUGAUGCCCUUAGUCACGGCCAAGGUACCUCUCUUUUAAAUCUUACUCCCUUACAGGAUUAAGAUAACAAAACCUGUGAGAUACCCAUUAAACUAUUGAAGUGUAUGGGGAUGUGUGGUGUCUUCUUUAGUAGUUUUCUGCUUAAGAAUCUUAUCUCUGUGUCAAAUACUACAGUACACUGCUUGAUAAGCAGGCCCUUCAGCUCAGAAGCAUGAGGGGAUUCUAGCAACUCUCCACUGUACUACCAACACUGUGCUUCAGAAUUGCAUAGACAACCUCAGUAAUGCUCUGCAGACUGAUGCCUGUGGUGCCAUUGAGGUACUCCAUAACCUUUCAAAAGAAAGAAAAUAGGUUUAGAUUGAUAUGGUGGCUUGCACUGAGAUUCUUAUAGGUAGCAAGCCAUUGUAGGAGGAAAAAAAAAUCUCUGGAUUCACCCCAUGAAUGGACUGAGACACAAGCUGUACAUACCUGAUUCCAAUCUUCAUGGUUUAGCAGGAAAGAACUUGCACCAAUUACUCCUACAGCGAGUAGUAUGUGGUCUUCCUUUACGGACACAAAUUUGGCUCUGUGAAAUUCAAAUGAUGAGAUGAACAAGGACUGCAUUCCAGCAAUAGUAAUAAUGCUGUACAUUCAAAAGUACAAACCUAUUUAGAUCCAUCAAAACAAUAUGAUUAAACAUUUGAUUAUUUUUAAAACAUUUGUCUGUUACAUUCACUGGCCUUUUGAAUUAAAAGAUACAUUU